GAGAAAGAUGCUAAUAAAGUCGUCACAGUCACCGCGUAUCUUGGACAGGGAGAUAAAUCCAAAGAAAUAUCGUACACCGACACAAAGGUCAUUGGGAAUGGGUCUUUCGGAGUUGUCUAUCAAGCUCGAUUAUGUGAUACAGAUGAAAUUGUGGCCGUAAAGAAAGUGCUUCAGGACAGGCGAUUCAAGAACCGGGAGCUGCAGAUUAUGCGACAGUUGGAUCAUCCAAACAUCGUGCAGUUAAAAUAUUUCUUCCACGUUGUUGGUGAACGAAAAGAUGACGUCUACCUAAAUCUGGUGCUGGAAUUCGUGCCAGAGACUGUUUACCGGGUUGCCCGACGCUACAGUCGACAAAAAGAAACAAUCCCCAUUCUUUUUGUUAAGCUGUACAUGUAUCAACUACUCCGAAGUCUCGCCUACAUUCACCACAAAGGCAUAUGCCAUCGGGACAUCAAACCACAGAACCUGCUCCUCAAUCCAUCCACGGCCGUUCUUAAACUCUGUGAUUUUGGCAGUGCCAAAGUGCUCGUUCGUGGAGAACCUAACGUGUCCUACAUAUGUUCACGCUACUAUCGUGCGCCCGAGUUAAUCUUUGGUGCUGUGGAGUACACAUGUCAAAUUGAUAUAUGGUCUUCGGGCUGUGUUCUGGCCGAAUUGCUCUUAGGCCAGCCAAUAUUCCCUGGUGAUAGCGGUGUGGAUCAAUUGGUGGAAAUUAUCAAAGUUCUUGGGACACCGACCCGCGAUCAGAUCCAUGAGAUGAAUCCAGACUAUCGGGAUUUCCGAUUCCCCCAAAUCCGACCCCAUCUGUGGUCUAAGGUUUUUCGUCCGCGUGUUCCCCAGGAUGCUAUUCAGCUGGUGUCACAGCUGUUGGACUACACACCAGGCAAGCGUCUGAAACCCCUCGAGGCGAUGAUGCACAGUUUCUUCGAUGAGCUUCGUCUCGAAGAAACCAAACUUCCAAAUGACAGACCUUUACCUCCUUUAUUCAAUUUUACUCCCUAUGAUGUCUGAAGACAUACAAAAGUUACUCUCAGCCGUAGGCUCUUCAGCGCAUCCUGUUCUAUCCAACACGACGGAUGAGUCUGGUUCUCCGGUAGCUCUUGAGUCCGCCCCACCAGUCUCGUCCGAGCUUCAUGGUGCUGUGGGCGGAGAUGUAACUGACCCCACCGGACAACUCUCCGGCUCUCUGGACGUCAACAAAACCCAACCAAUCUCAUCUGUAACGUCGGAGCCGAUCAGCGGCAACACAAACAACAACAGCAGUGAUAAUGGUAUGGAAAACAACACGGUCAAAGAAACUAUCCAGGAAACCACAGAGGGCCAGGCCCUCGGUGAUAGCCAGAGGAGAGAGGAGGAGAGUAAUUCCUGA